AAAAAAAAAAGAUUAUGUAGGUAGCAAAUAAGGUUAUGGUUUUAUACUUAACCAUAAAUAUCAAUAUAAAUAAAAGAGCCAUUAGAUUUAGUUUGCUUUAUUAUAUUGGGGAAUUGACGAGAUUUGAUCAAGAUGUAUGUAGCCUAAGUGCCUAUUUUGUAACUAGAAUUAACUAGUAGAUCUGUAGAUGUUCAGUGACAAUCUGAGUUUUUAAGGUAAAAAGGCUUGAGGAUAGAGGUCUGAUUUCUUCUGAUUUAUGUUUCUUAGAUGAAGAAGUAGAUAAUUGUGGUUAAUUGGCAUAAUGUUGUUUUAAUUACUUAGUUUUGCAAGCUACACAACACACUGGGUAAAUAUUUGAACUUCUUUCGUUCAAAAGCUGUGUAAGCUCUCAAUUUACGCUGUUUGAUGAAGUAUAAGUUCAUAUAAACAAGGAUGAGUUAGAAAAUAUUAAUGCAUUACAAUGUUUUGUACAGGUUUGUUAAGUGUUACCAAACUGUCAAAUAUUUGCCGCGAGGGUCAAUUUUCUAUUUUAAUCUAACCUGGGGUUUAUAUGCUCUGUUUUUUUAUUUAUUUUUUUAUUUUUUAAUAGGAACAGAGAAUGUUCUCUCUGAAAAAUCAUAAUCGUCUGGUAUGGUGAAGUUUCCCCAUACUUCUUGCCCAUCCAGAGUCCCCAUUCAUGUGAAAAGAAUUGACAAAAAAGGGGCUUUAUAAUUGCUUUCUGAAUCAACCAAAAAGAACAGAGAAUAGUCUAGGUGUACGAAUACAUUAAUAGUCUAGUGCUCUUGAGUCUGUUCUUUUUGGUUGAUUCAGUUUCUAGGUGUACACUUAUUGAAUAUGAGCAUUCUAGCUAGACUCAAGAGCACCAAAUGAAAAAUAAUUCACCAUGCACCCACCUAGUGAACCGAGUUUCAUGCAACCACUGGCUUGUGCACUAAAACGGUGGUGUGUGUGGCUGGCUCGUGCGUUACAUAUUUACAUGUGCCAAUCGCGAACAUUUCACGUGUCAGUGCAUGUGGUGCACGCCCAUCUACAUCAGGGUGUACCGUAUAAGCAGUGUGGUGAAGAUAUUUACACGCAGUAUAAAAGAUGAGAAAAGUUAAAUCAAAACCUUGUACUUCACAGUAUCAAAUAAGAAUUGAGUGUCUUAAAAGCUAUUGCAGAUCACUGGAGGAUACAGAAAAAUUGGAAUCUGCAGGAGUUAAAUUUCACGGCCAAUAAAAUGACAAACAAGCCAGUAAUGGAGCGUAACCAAUUGCAUCGUCAAGUUGCUCAGAUGAGACAAUCUUUCUUUGAUCAGGGAUUUUUGGAUGAGCAAUUUGUUCAGCUAGAAGAAUUGCAGGAUGACACCAACCCGAAUUUUGUAGAGGAAGUUGCAACUCUUUUCUAUAGAGAUUCAGGAAGGUUGCUAACCAAUCUAGAGCAAGCAAUGGAAAGGAGUCCACUAGACUUUGUGAGGUUGGACAACAUCAUGCAACAGUUCAAAGGAAGUUGCUCAAGCAUCGGAGCCAAGAGGGUGAGAAAUGAAUGUAAUCAGUUCAAAGAAUAUUGCAGGGCAGGAAACAGUGAUGGCUGCAUGAGGACUUUCCAGCAAUUGAAGAGAGAAUAUGCGACUCUUAAAAGGAAACUUGAAUCCUACUUUCAGUUGGUUAGACAAGUUGGGCCCAGGGAAAUGGCUACUCGCCCACGCUAGAUAGAUGUUGUUGUAGGAGAAGUGGCUCAGAAACUUGAUUGGCGAACUUCAUACCAGUUUAUGGUCUAGAAAUUUUAGCUGCUGGAGCUUUUAGGCCCUGUUUCUUCAUCUAUACGUGAUGAAAAUGGGAGAGUUUAGCAUGUUUUACUUUGCUUUAACUCCUGUAUGUUAGAAAUAUAUGUUGUACGAGUCUUAUGUUGAAUGUAAGGAAUGUUAAUGAUAAUUACCUGCUGCAGUUGAUUAAUGGUCUACUUAUCUUUUGGAACUUAAAA